AUGGAAACCAAUUACUUCGUCUGCACUCUCGGCCAGGCAGCGGUCCUGAAGGAGCGUGAUGCGUCUUGUCGAAAUCAUUCCAAGAACAUCCCACACUUCCUCGAGACCCAAGCAAAAGACUAUCCUGAUCUCCCGGCGGUGGGAUUCUACGCCCCUUCCACAACUGACCCGUGGAGAAGUCACGUCCUGACUUUCCAGGAUGUUUACAAUGGCUCUUGCGUCGUUGCAGAGACCAUUACUGAGCGGGUCAAGAUUGAGGAUAGGCAAACGGUGGCAUUACUUUGUCCCAGCUCUUCGGGAUUCCUGUUUACAUGGUUGGCGUUGAUGAGGUUGGGGCAUCCUGUACUAUUGAUUGCGCCGCAAUGCUCACCCGGGGCGGUGGCGGAGUUGUGUAAGCAGUGCGAGGUUGAACAUAUCUUCCGCGAUGAGAUGUAUGAAGAAUUGGCGAGGGGCGCAGCCGAUGUGUCGGAGGGAUUGAGGUUGCAGCCUCUGCCGUUUUACGAGGGUGUAGGGCCUUUUGAGGUGGUUAAGCAUACACGGAAAAGAGACAGGAUCGUGGACGGUAUGAGCGAACAUGAUGUGGCGUAUCUUCAUCAUACUUCCGGGACUUCGACUGGCAUACCAAAGCCCAUUCCUCAGACGCAUCGAGUCGGAGCUGGAGUCUAUGCUAGGUUCGAUGGAACGCAAAGUGCUACUUUCACGACUACGCCAUUGUAUCACGGUGGGAUUGCGGAUCUGUUCAGAGCCUGGACGAGUAAUGCUAUGAUCUGGCUUUUCCCUGGGAAGGAGCUGCCGAUCACUGCGAUGAAUGUGGUGAAGUGCUUGGAGGCUGCUGAGGAGAGUCGAGCACCGCCAGUGAAGUACUUUUCGUCGGUGCCGUAUGUAUUGCAGAUGACGGCGAGUGAUGACAGGGGGUUGGCCGAGUUGCAGGAGAUGGAUGUUGUGGGAGUUGGCGGUGCCGCUUUGCCGGCUGAGGUUGGCGAUGAGCUGGUGAGAAAAGACGUCAAUCUCGUCUCGCGAUUUGGGAGUGCGGAGUGUGGCUUUCUGAUGUCUUCACAUCGAGAAUACGAGAAGGAUAAGGAGUGGCAGUAUCUCCGUCCGGGUGAAGCAGUCAAGCAGUUGAAGUUCGAGGAACGGGAUGCUGGUCUUCAUGAAUUGGUCAUUCUAUCGGGAUGGCCACAUAUGUCGAAGACGAAUCGAGAAGAUGGUUCUUUCGUGACAGCAGACCUUUUCAAGCUACAUGAGAGCAUUCCGAAUGCCUGGAGAUAUCAUUCGAGAGCAGAUGCGCAACUGACAUUGAUUACUGGCAAGAAGUUUGACCCAUCGCCACUGGAGGCCAGCAUUGCAGCAUCAUCGGAGCUGCUUAACGAUGUGUUGAUCUUUGGCAAUGGCAAGCCGUAUCCUGGGGCACUGUUGUUCCGAUCUGAAAUUGGCAAGGACACAUCAGACGAUGAUGUGACAGCGAGACUGGCACCUACAGUCGAAAAGCUCAAUCAGGAGAGCCAAAGUCAUGCCCGUAUACCACGGAACAUGCUCAUUCCAUUACCACAUUCUUCUAGUGCUGUGGAGAAGAGCAGCAAAGGCACGAUACUAAGGAACAAAGCUGAAGAGCGAUUUGCUGAGAUCAUCGAAGGGGCGUACGAGAAUGUAUCGGUCUCGGAGGAAGACGUGCCUGACGAAAAAGUCGCAAGCACCAUCCAAGACAUCGUGAAAACAAUCGUCAGUCCGGGUCUUGGAAGCAAGAAGGAACUCGGUCCCGAGACUGACCUAUUUGCAUAUGGUGUGGAUUCUGUCGCCUGUGUACAGAUACGGCAUGCCGUGUCGAAACUUUUCCCGGAAGACAGUCGCUCGCUACCACUUACAGUCGUGCAGGACUCGGGCACCAUACAGAGACUGACCGAUCUAGUGUUGAGAAUACGGCAUGGCGAUACAGCACAGACAGACAGCGAAGAUGAUCAAACAAAGCUCAUGAAAGAUCUUGUCAAUCAAUACAGCCACAUAGAUGGCAGUAUUGACAUUUCCCAGCUACCACGAACACCACCUCGAAGUCCAGGUAACAAAGGCCUCACAGUUGUGCUCACCGGCCCGACAGGCUCGCUCGGCAGCCACGUUCUCAAUCAACUUCUAGCCUCGUCUGUCGUUGCACACAUUCACCUGCUGCUGCGAGGCGCCACCGAACAUGCAGCAAGAGAACGAGUGCGCAGAGCGAUGUCUUCGCGCAAGCUCGAAGUCCCAGCAGACAUUGACAGCAAGACGAGUGUACAUACUUGCACACUCUCAGAACCGCAACUGGGCCUAUCGAAAGAGGCCUAUGCUAGGUUAGCGAGAGACGUGGAUGUCAUCUACCAUCUGGCUUGGGCGGUCGACUUCACUUUGUCACUACGUGGCUUCAAGCAGCAUUUCGCCGGCCUACAGGCACUGUUGGAUCUGUCGCUCGCACACUCGAAGGCUGGUGGUUCAGAGGGACGCCCAGCCCAGCUCGUCUUCUGCUCAAGUACAGCAUCCAUGGCAUCGUUUCCUGAGCAUAACAAGGGCCACCCUAUACCUGAGCGAAUUUUGGACGAUCCUGCCGUUUCUGGUGCUAUAGGCUACUCCAGGUCGAAGUGGGUAGCAGAGAACAUCUGCCUUCGUGCUGCGAGAUCUCAUCCGGAGCUCGAAGGCAAUAUGAGCGUCAUACGAGUGGGACAGCUGAGCGGUGAUGCCGUUCAUGGCAUCUGGAAUGCCAGUGAAGCAUAUCCGCUCAUGCUGAGUAGUACCAAUGUCACAAAUUGUCUUCCAGACCUCCCCGGAGAGAGCGUUGCUUGGCUACCGGUGGAUCUGGCUGCGAGGACAUUUUUGGACCUGCUAGAUGCCAAGAGUCAGGCGACGCGAAGGAACUCACAAUCGCCAGCCGUCAAUGUGUAUCAUGUGCUCAGCUCGGACACAUCAUCUACAACUUGGCAAAUGCUGCUAUCGUGGCUGCAAGGAGACAUGAACUUCGACAUCGUGUCAGCCGGAGAAUGGUUGGGGAGACUUGAAAGGCUACAGGUCUCACAGAACGAUGGCGAGAGGAGACAUCCUAGUCUCAAGCUCUUGGACUUCUGGCAGAAGGCAUAUAGCACACCUACUGAGCCUCGCGGUAGUGAGAAGACUGUCGCGACAUACGAGCACGAUCGGACCAAAAGUGCUAUGCCAUCACUGGGAGACCUGACACCGGUGAAUGAGAAAUAUGCUCGAAAGCUCGGAGCAUGGGUCAGAGAAAAUGUUUGA